AACUUCGUUUGUCGACAUUAGCUAUGGCGGAUGGCAGUCAGCUGCGGAUAAUACUUUGACAUUUGAAGUUGCUCGCUAUUUGUUUGCUACUGUUUAUGUAAUGAUAGCGAAAAAUGUGUGGGGAGUCGUGCCGCGAAUUCUUCCAGAAAUGGCGGAUGUGGAUAAGACCUGUCGUAGUGGUUAUUUAUGUUCUUGUAAUAGUUGUAGUAUUACCAGUACUUGUUGUAAAUGCUAUGAACAAUGGUUUCACGAAGGAAGACCAAGGGACACUCGUUGGUGGAGUCUUUGCAUUAAUGGCCUUACCCAUCUCGAUAUGGGAAAUCAUUCAGCAUAUGGUAUUUUACACAAAACCGCAUCUACAGAAGCACAUUAUCAGGAUACUAUGGAUGGUUCCAAUAUAUGCACUGAAUGCUUGGAUAGGUCUUCUCUGUCCACAGCAGUCAAUUUAUUAUGAUAGUCUCAGAGAAUGUUAUGAAGCAUAUGUUAUAUACAAUUUUAUGACAUAUCUUUUAAAUUAUCUGAAUGCUGAGAUGGAUCUGGAGGCCAAUCUAGAACUGAAGCCACAAGUGCACCACAUCUUCCCCCUGUGCUGUCUUGGUCCAUGGGAAAUGGGAUGGGAGUUCAUUCACAUGUGUAAACAUGGAAUCUUACAGUAUACUGUGGUACGGCCUUUAACAACAUUCAUCUCUUUUAUUUGUGAGCUGAAUGGUGUAUACAACGAGGGUGAAUUUCGAGCGGAUGCUGCAUUUCCCUACAUGAUAGCUAUCAACAACUUUUCACAGUUCAUUGCUAUGUACUGUUUGGUGCUAUUCUACCGUGCUAACCGAGAGGAGCUCAACCCUAUGCACCCUAUUGGAAAGUUCCUGUGCAUUAAAGCUGUAGUGUUUUUCUCAUUCUUCCAAGGAGUAAUUAUAGCAAUACUUGUGUACACUGGAGUUAUAUCAUCUGUAUUUGAUGCCUCAGAUCAUGAUACAAUUAAGGACAUCUCAUCAAAAUUGCAGGAUUUCCUGAUCUGUAUUGAGAUGUUCUUGGCUGCCAUUGCACAUCAUUAUUGCUUCUCGUACAAGGAUUAUGUCAAUCCUAACUCUGAACAGCUGUCAUGCUGCACAGCUUUCCUUGCAAUGUGGGAUGUAUCUGAUGUUCGACGAGACAUAAAAGAACAUCUAGAGGUAGUAGGAAGUUCACUCAGUCGACGUAUAAGAGGGCGUGGUGCGUACCGGUAUGCUGCAGGCAGUGCGUCGGAAAGUUCGCGCUUGUUGGUUCCAGCACCUGAGGCUUCACCAGCUGCCGACACCAGUAGGAGCGCUCCUGCACGCCUGAUUGAACAACGCACAAGCUAUGAGAGUAUUUCAUCUCCAGAUGCUACCUCUCCUAAACAAAGUGCCCAGCCUGUGGAUGAACAAGAUCCACUUAUUGAUUUUAGUCCAGAUGAAGCACAGCCUGCUUCAAAGUUCCCUCAGUCCUAGUCAUCAGAUUUCACUUUCCAGAGAGAGGGAAGUAUAGUGAAAAAAGACAUUUAAGUAAGAAUCCAGAAAUUAUACAUAGAAGAGCAGGAUAUAUAGUGGUAAUUUUUAAUGUAAUUGAGUUUACUGCUGAAUUUUUUUAUUGCAUGUGCUCAACUUUUAGAUGGGUCUUGUUUAAUAUGCAAUUUCUUUAUUCUAUACUAAACAAAAUAACUCUGCCAAGUAGUGCACUAUUGCCAUUGUUAAUCGUCUGGAAUGGCAUAAUACACAAAAUGCAAAUACUUGUUACGUGGUUGAGCAUUAACCAUUGUAUUCAUCUGCUGAUUGCAAUUUGUUUACAAUAUGACUGAUGUAUAGUACAUAUUUAGCCAUCGUCACCCAAGCCAGUUAGUAAUGUUAUCAAAUCAAUGAUUUUGCAAUGAUGGAAAAAGUCAAAAUAUCCCAACAAAGUCAGUUCUCUUUAUUAAUGAUGACACAACAUUCAUACAGUUUUAUGUACAAUUUACUGCAGUUUCUUUUCUAAUAAUUAAUCUGUCAUUAUCCUUGAGCAAUAUGACAGUAGAAACUCUGUGCUGAGGAAUAGGAACCUUUAAUAGACACUAAAUCGAUGAGGUAAAUAAUACCAUCCAAAGCACUUAGAAGUUUGGAUAGCUCUGGGAAAUAUGGUUUGUAUUUUCACUCAUUGUCAGUAACAAAGUUACUUGUGUCACACACAAAAUUGAUCAGUGGCAGUAAGAAGUGCCACUGUUGGUUGUUAUGAAAACAGUAAGUCACUGAGACAAGUUAUAAUGGAGCUGAGUAAGUGGCAAACUGCAUGAGAACAAAGGGCAGGCAGAUAAGCCGCUCCAUUGCAGCAACAUUAAGAGGAUGAAACAAGUGACAAGUGGGUCAAACUAAUAGUUUCCGUAUACAUGUUCACAAGUUUCUUGGAUCACAUCCUUUCCAUUAUUGUUGCAGACCGGUAUAUGUCAGUAGCAGGAUCAGGAGGUAGCACUGGUGUGUGUGUGUGUGUGUGUGUGUGUGUGUGUGUGUGUGUGUGUGUGUGUAAGCAAGCUCUCGCACCAUCACAUGCUGCACUUGCUGCAGAGGUAGAUGUGAAUGGUAGAGUGAUGUCAGCACUAGGGAGUGGGAGAUACAUCUGGAGAAUAAAAGAAGAAUAUGGUGAUACACACAGCUCAAAUAGGUGCGGAAAGAGAGGGGAGUGAGGGUAGGUUGGAGACUUUUCAGUUCUCAGUAAAAGGUAAUUUUUUCUAUUCACUGUCACCCUGCCAACCUCACUACUUGGCAUCAGACUUUCCACUAAACAGUUAUUUUUAAGGUAUUUUAUAGACUUGACAUAAUAAUUGAUAUUUAAGAUCCAUCAUCUGGCAACUUUUUUUGAAAAUAAAGUGUAAUGUUAACGUCAUUACACAAAAUACAGAUUUGGACUAAAAACACUUUCUGCAGAUCAAUACUAGUAUUACAGGACUGUUACUGUUUUAACAUUGGAUUUUGUCGCCUGUGAUAUAAAUAGUUCUGUAAUAAUUUGUUACUUUUACACAAGUGUCUGCAGUACUUCAAUAUUUCUGGUUUUAUAAUCAGAUGUUUCAAUGAAACCCAUCAUCAGAUAACAUGGCAGUGUUGCUAGACUGACACAGUGUGUAAGUAUAGUAUUAAACAAUAAUGCAUUGUAUAAAUUAUACAGUGAGACUGGUUUCUUCCCCUGUACUUUGGUAGUGGAGAAAAACUGAACACGUUUCCACAGCUUUUAUUUUGAUGAUGUGUUUGUCAUUUUGGUAGUGAAGAUCAGUGAAAUGUUUCAGAAUUCCUGAAGUCACUACAUUGGUGAAACUUAGAAAAUUAACUGUAAUUUAGCAUUGAUUUGAUGCUAAGUAAUUUUAUUUUACAAUUUGUCUUAACACUAGCAGGUAGUGCUAUGAAGAAGAGUAUUUUGAUGAAUGUAUUAGCUGUACUUCGUCCAAGUUUUAUAUAUUAAGAGUUGCUUUGUGCAGCUGUGAGAUGUUAAAAUAUUUCCAUUGAUCAUGUUGCAAUAAUGGAAAUUACUGGAUGGAGCAGUAUGUAAAAUAAGGGAAAAGCAACCCCUCACCUGUAGUGGAUCGAUGCAUGAAGCACAGUUACACGUAACAGAAAACAGCCUUCACACUAGCUCUUUUGUCAGCACUAAUACACUUAUUCACACACAGAGACCCAACCGCACACUCAUGUGGCCAUGGCAAAUCUUGCCAUCUUUGGGUAUCUUUGCUGGAAAAAGAGCUAGUGCUCUAAAGCUAGUGUGAAUGCUAUUCUCUGUUAUGUGUUACUUUGCUCCAAGCAUCAGCCUGCUGCAUGUGACUGGUUGCCUUUUUCUCAUUUUAGACAAUGUUUAUGCUGGUUAUUUGAAAUCCAAAGUGUUUCACUUCUCCACAUAACGCCAUUAGAACAACAGUAAAUUGGAAUUGAAAGCCUAUGGUCGCAUAUAUUAGAGAAUAGUUGAACACCGACAGAGGUUGACUGAUUGUUCAGUCAGAUUUGUUUUUUUAUAAAGUGAUAAGUCAGCUGUUGAACUACAACAGUCAGCUAUAUGCAUUAUUAGUACUUAAAACUGCAUUUUUUAUAUGCAGGAAAUGGAAUUUCUCCUUGCUUUUAUGUCUGCAUUUCUGUUGCAGCUGUAUCAGCAUACAAUGUAUUUUAUACUGUGAUAUUUUUCAAAGAGAACACUUGUUGUAAUCAUGUAACAAAAAUAAA